AUGGACAGUCUGAUGGAGUACAGCGAGGACAGGAUGAUUACAAAGUCCUCUCAGCGCAGACAGUCGGCUCCCUCUAUUAUUCUCACCAAAGCCCUUACAAAGUCAAAACCUGUCUCCAGGGAUUGCGCAUCUCAGGUUAGCCAUAACACUUACGCCCUGAUCCAGUCUCUGCUCAGCCCGACGAGGAAUCUCAUUUGCCAAGGCAAUGUGCUACUGCAGACAGGCCUUCAGACUCAGGAGAGAUUCCUCAUCCUCUUUACAGACCUUCUCAUAAUCACCAAGGCUAAGUCAGUAAUGCAGGUGAAGCAGAAGGCGUGUGUGCGUGUGAGUGAGAUGUGGACAGCCAGCUGUGUGGAAGAGGUGUGUGAGGCCAGAAAUGUUUCAGAGAGGAGCUUCGUCAUGGGCUGGCCAACUUACAACUGUGUGGCUACUUUUAGCACUUCAGAAGAGAAAGAGAGGUGGCUAUCUCUCAUUGAAAGUUGUAUAAAAGAAGAGAAAAAGUGUGACAAUCCAAAGAUGAUUCCACUCAAGAUAUUUGCAAAGGAUGUUGGGAAUUGUGCCUAUGCAAAGACUCUUUUUAUCAGCAACACAGACUGUACCUCUGAUGUCAUUAGCACAGCACUGCAACAGUUUGGUCUUUCGGGUGGAAUAAAAGAUUAUAAGUUGUGGGUAUGUUCAAAACAAGAUGAAACUCCAUACCCUUUAAUUGGUCACGAGUUUCCUUACAGCAUUAAGAUGAGCCACAUUCGCCAACUGCAGCAAGAUUCAGUGACAUCUUCUCACAGGCAGAUGGCGCUUUUGCCUAUUGAUGCUCACUGCCAGUUCUUCCUGAGGCCCAGUCAAAUAAGCAGCACCCUCACAGCAGAGCGGAAAAGCAGCAGGAGGAUGUCUCUUAUUAGCUGGGCAUUUAAACGAGGCUCCAGCAUUGAACAGGCUGUCAAAUCAGAAUCUCCAGGCCACAUCAUUACUCCAGCUUCUGGUCAUCUGUUUGGUCGGCCGCUCAGUGAUGUCAUAAUUGACAAUACCCUGCCAUCACCCAUUGUGGACAUGCUGAAGUGUUUGAGCACAGAGGGGGCCGUGACACGUGGAAUAUUCCGCCGCUCUGCCGGAGUAAAGGCCUGCCGAGAAUUGAGGGAAAAACUGGAUUCUGGUCACUAUGGAGAGCUUCUGAGUGGAGAAUGUGUACUUGUUACCGCUGCAGUGUUUAAGGAUUUCUUACGCAAUAUACCUGGAAGCCUGUUGUGUGAGGAGCUCUAUGAGCAAUGGCUUCAAGCACUGGAGCAAGAUGGAGAAAGAGAUGGACACAUGACAGAAAAGAACAUGCUACAGGAAGUUCAGAGGCUUGUUCAGCUCUUGCCUAAAGAGAACGUCCUGCUGCUGAGAAACAUCAUAGCGAUGCUGCACCACAUACAGCUCAAUGCUGAGCACAACCAGAUGAACUCUUUUAAUCUGGCUGUGUGUAUUGCACAUAGCUGUCUGUGGAAUAGCAAUCUACAAUCUCAGGAAAAAGACGCCAAAAAGGUGUGUGACCUUGUGCGUGUCAUGAUUGACAACUGCUGUGCGUUGUUUGGGGAUGAAAUUAUAACCCUCUUAAAGGAUUUGACUGAAGACAAUAGAAGCAACCACGGAUCAGUUGGGUCCCUGCAGCAGAUGUCAGACUCAGGUUAUGAGAGUCUAAAGAACGAGGUGAAUACUGACACAGAGGACACUUCUAAGACCCGUCCUCUUAAAGACAGUCGUAGUAUGGACUCACUCAUGUCACUGAGUGAUUGUGACCUCGACUGCCCAGAAAACAACCUUGAGUCUUCCAACCCACUGGCACAAAUCAGGACCUUUACAUCAGCUGUGCGUCAACCCCGGUCCCUUCAAUUACACAGACACUCCAUGCCUAACAUUGCUUUGAUUUCUAAUGAACAGAAAGAAAUGUCAGAAAGUGGAAAAUAUCAAGAGGUUGAGAGACCUGAAGAGGUCAAUGAUAACGUGUUUUUGGAACACAGCUUUCAACUACUGAAUUUCAUGAAAGAAAAACAAACUUCAUCAUCCCCAGUAACUUCACCAACAGUCUCAUCUGUGAGUUCAAUGGACAGUCCCUUUUCUCCUAAGAACUCUCCAGCUAGGGGACAAUCUGAUUGGCUUAUUCAAAACAACACAGAUUACCAACAUCCAAUGAACCUGUCGAAUGAGGAACUGUGUCCAGCACAUCAUCAGAGGAACAUUGCUGAUGUUGAAGGGGGUUUACAGUCUAAAGUGACAAAAAAUCCACCUUCUUAUCAGCAGGCCUUGCAACAGCUAAACAGAAAAACGUUCUCACAGACUCCCACUCGAACGUCUGUGAGGUCCACAGGGCAGCUACAUAAAGGAAAAGGCCUUUUCUACAAGGGGCCCGGGAGCCCCACACACAGGCCUUUAGGGGACCACCAGGUGUCUUCUGCUCCUCAGAGCUUCAGGUCUACCGGUCAAACCAAGAAAGACAAGGUACCACAGAGUGUGUUUUAUGGACAGAGCUGCAAGUUGACGGUGCACAGGGUCAGGGGACAGAAUGCAUGUUUGAAGUCCAGCAAACUCUCUGGGCAGCAGUUGAGGUUUAAAGCACUUGAUUUGCACCCCUCCUCCGGGAAAAUAGUUGGGGACUACUUUAUGGAUGCUUCCCCUCCCGGAGAGGGGCUGACAGAGAACCAGGCUAUUGGGAGAGGCCGCAGACUCAGCUGUUGCAGUAGCAGCCAGUGGGUUGUGUGAAGCCAGUGGGAAGAAUUAUGUUUAAAAACGGCACAUAAACACUGGGAUACUAAUUAACAAUAAUAACCUGCGGUUUCUUAUAAUUAACAAUGACAUGCUCCAUAUUACAGAAUGAUUACACUUUUUGCUGAUAUUUUAGCCGUUUUGCUCAUUUUAGUUAUUUAAAUCUUCAAAUGUCAUCUUAUUAAAAUCCAAAAACAGUUUUUGACCAAUUUUGAGCCUUUUUUGCAAAUAUUCAUGAGCAUAUUUUAGUAAUAUUCAUGAGCAUAAGAACAAUAUGCAUGAGAUUGUAUUUACUUAAAAGAACACUUCUUUCUUACAUUUCAACCUUAUGAAAGUUUUUAAAGAUUUAAACGCAGAACACAUAC